GAAGGGAAAAGAAGCAAGAGAAGUCCAAAUGGAGCCCAAAAAGAAGUUGAUAAACUCAGUGGACAGCUGUGUGGACGAGGCGCUGUGUGGCCUUGUGAGGGCCAGUGGGAGCCUGUCUCUGCUGAAGGGCCACAGAGUUGUGCUUCGGUCCGACCUGAACAACCUGAGGGGCAAAGUUGCCCUGCUGUCUGGUGGGGGGUCGGGACACGAGCCGGCACACGGGGGUUAUCUGGGUGCAGGUAUGCUGUCCGCUGCUGUUGCCGGUGGAGUGUUUGCUUCUCCACCUCCUGCCAGCAUCCUGGCUGCUAUUCUCAGCUUGCACACUGCAGGAGCCUCCGGAGUUCUUCUCAUUGUGAAGAACUACACCGGCGACCGCCUCAACUUCGGAUUGGCCGCCGAGCAGGCCCGUAAUCACGGCGUCGCUGUUGACAUGGUGGUAGUUGCAGAGGACUGCGCCUUUGACCAACCCAGCAAGGCCGGGCGGAGAGGCUUGUGUGGCACCAUCUUCAUACACAAGCUGGCAGGCGCCUUAGCAGAAGAAGGCUUCUCAUUGGACCAGAUUGUUUCCAAGGUGACAGAGGUUUUGAAGGGCAUCGGUACACUGGGGGUGAGUCUGUCGCCGUGCAGCGUUCCAGGCUGCCUGCCUUCUUUUGACCUGCCGCCAGGAGACAUGGAGCUGGGACUGGGAAUCCACGGCGAACCUGGAAUCAAAAGGUCAAAGGUGGCGUCCGCAGAUGAGGUGGUGAGGACCAUGAUAGAUCACAUGACCAACCCCGACAGCCAAUCACAUCUGCCUCUUAAAUCAGGAGACUCUGUGAUUGUGUGUGUGAACAACCUCGGAGCUCUGUCCUGUCUGGAGAUUGCAGUGGUUACGAAAGCGGCCAUCAUCUGUCUGGAGGGUCGCGGCGUGGUGGUGGCCAGGGUGAUGUCGGGGUCGUUCAUGACAUCGCUGGAGAUGGCGGGAGUGUCGCUGACCCUGAUGAGGGCCGACCAGGAAACACUGAGGCUGUUUGAUGCUAAGACUUGCGCCCCCGCCUGGCCAAACCUCAGUAGUGUGUGUGUAAGCGGACGCAACUACAUCACAGACCCUCAGCCCGCGAGUGCACGGCCACAAGACGACACACACUCUGACGGGCCACUGAGUCCUGUGAUGCGUAAAGCGCUAGAGAGGGUUUGUUCCACGCUGUUGGAGAAGCAGGAGGAACUCAACGCUCUGGACCGUGCUGCGGGGGACGGAGACUGUGGGAACACUCAUGCACAGGCUGCUAAAGCCAUUCAGGAGUGGCUCCAGGAUCAUGUGGUCCCUGGCUGCCCCGGACAACUGCUGUCAGUCCUCGCUGGAUUGGUGCAGGAGAAGAUGGGCGGGUCUUCGGGAGCGUUGUACAGUCUGUUCCUGACGGCAGCAGCUGGUCAUGUGACUGAGGGGCAGAGCAACGCUGCAGCCUGGGCUAGUGCAAUGCAUGCUGGGACACAGGCCAUGAGGAGGUACGGCGGUGCUGACCCUGGAGACAGAACAAUGUUGGAUGCUUUGUGUCCCGCUGUGGACGAGCUGAUGAAGCUGACAGCAGCACCACCUGGUGGACAGAUGGCUGUACUUCAGACAGCCGUGCAGAAAGCGGCCUCGGGGGCGGAGUCGACCCGUGACCUCACAGCGAGGGCGGGGCGAGCCAGCUACAUCGCAGCCGAGCGGGUCACCCUGCCCGACCCCGGCGCCGUGGCUGUCGCCGCCAUGCUGAGAGCCGUGCUGGAGGCGCUGGAGGGGCGGAAGUAGCAGGAAGAAACACUAUUAUGGCUCAUUAACAAAGAAAAAACAGAUUUUGACCUCUUUUGAAGCACAUUUUCAUACCAUACAUACAGUAAAGGAAUAGAAACUGGGGAAUUUGAUGCUUGAAAGACAGAAAAUAUAUAAAAACAGAGUGAAAAUUAUCAAUACUGAUAUGAAGUGUUCUCUAGGAUUAUGAAAUUGUCAAAAAUGUGAGAAAAGACAGUUAUGGUCCUUUUUUAAUUUGUUUACAAAGCUCAGAAUUACUGACAAUCCAGAUAAAGUUUAGCAAGACCUGAAUUAAUUUGUGUUAUUAUUGAUUUUUAUAUAUUUGAUUAUUUAGUUAAACGCUUGUACAGUAGCAGAAGAGUUUUGUAUAAGUUUUUAAAUCAUGAAUUUAACAUUCCUUGUUACGACUAACAACUAGACAUCACAUAAUCAACACUUGAUGAUUUGACACAUUUUUUUUAAAUAAUGGUCAGAACUGAAGCGUGAGGAGCAAACUGAUCUCUGUCUGUAAAAUAGUCUGUGUUUAUUUAUUAAUAAUAAUACUAAUACAUUCUGAUUCUUCAUUUGUUUUUAACUCUUUCAUGUCAGAACAAAUGCUGUGCAUGAAUUAAAUGCACUUUCUUGAUACAACACAAAUAAACUGUACAUAUGAUGUA